AUGUUCAAACGACUACUUUUCGGUAAUGAGGCAAAAUUGCAAUUCAAAACAUCUACUUCAGAUGGGAUCGCAAGGUUGUACUCUGAAGGAAAUAUCUCUAGCAACGAUGUACGAUAUUGGCGAAAGUUCUUGAUUUGCUUCGAUUCAGCAAAUGAUGUAUUCACAUUGAUGUCCAUAUCAGACAUUCGAAAAGCACUGAUUCGACAUCCGGAGAACAUUGAGACACUCGUCACAAUCUUGAUCAACCAUUUGGAAACGCUUAAAGAGGAUCCUUUACUCUCGCCCAUUCCAUCAGCACAAGCAGCGUCAUCCUCAAUCUAUGCUACAGCUUCCAGAAGUACAGUCCGAUUGACAGAUCAAGCCAGCAGCAGUGCUUUGUCUCUCGUAGAUGCGGAACAAACUCCCGAACAGACACGCGAUCGUACAAAAGAAGCGUUGAAUUGCUGUCGUAUUCUCACAAGGCUGCUUCCGAUCAUCAUGGAAGAGACAGAUGAGUUUGAACAACACCUUCUGUGGACAGAACAGCCUGCAGAUGCCAACCGGACUACAGAUCUUUGGGGUAAGGUCACAUCGCAAAAGGCUGUGCAGAAAUCUCCCGAGCCAUCCGCAUCACCCGAUGAAAGUCAAGAGAAUCAAUUCGUGAUCGAAGAAAGCGACGAAGAGGAUGAAGAGGCGGAAAACAGUAGUAGUGUGCGAGACAGGGCGCCUUCCGAUCCUCUACGCUCUCAGACGAAAGAGCGAAAAGCAUCGCAAUCUGAAACGAACUUAAGGCCUUCGUUGGGAGAACGACUGACGAAAGCGACUGUCGAUUUCCUCUUCUAUUCUGGAUUCUCGAUUCCUUGGAGUGAAGAGCAGAUAAACGCUUCAUCGGACAACAAGGUGUCGGCAUCACGUGUGCAGUACAUCAUCUCAGAAAAGGGUAUCGGUAGCUCAGUCGACAUUGCCGGUAGAACGAAGACACACAUUAACCAUCGAUUAGAGGUUUUGCGACUUUUGCUGGUGUUGCUCAGUAAGAACAUAUACGUCACACCAAGUCGACAAAAAGCGACGGAGAAUUAUGCUUUGCGGAUCUUGGUGACGAAGCUGGAGAAAUCCGUCGUUCUCCCACUUCUGUGUACAUUAUUGAACGUCUCUAUUGCUUCGAGCAAGAACGAAAACUGGCUUGGCAAUUUGACAAGUCUUCCUGCAGACCUGGUCAAAGAGCGACUUGCUGGUGGGGAGGAUGGAAGACCAGUAACAAUGACUAUUGCUUUGCAGCUGCUCAACAUUGUACUGGGAUACGAGGCCCCAGCGAAAGAUGAUUCAGAUCAAGCUGAUCAAAGCGGAAUCGGUACGCCAAUCCUACCUGGCACACCAAGACCUAAUCUAACACCGAAACUAUCACAGUUAUCAGUCAAUUCAUUCCGCAGCAAAGAUGUUCAGACCAACACUUUCAGACUGUAUUUGAGCAAGCUUCAUCGGCAAUCCGACUUUCAUCUUUUGGCUGAUGGGAUAUUUGCCAUUCUCGCUCAGAGACCAAGUCCUGCUGCUUUGUUGAACGGGAAUGCGGCCGGACAAGUGAUGGAUACCAGUGCAGCAGGUCCUCAUAUUCCUGAGACGAUUCUGGUCCUUUGGCGACUUUUAUGGCAUAAUGCAAAAUUCCGUACAUUUUUGUUGGAAGACCGAUCACCUCAAUUGAUGGCACAUAUGCUCUUCCAUGCAUUAAACAACAAGGACAGCGCUGCUCGUCAAGGUCUCGUUCGAUUGGUGGUUUUCAUCUUGCACGAUAUCAGCUGUGAUCGAGCAUUUGCAGUGAACAUCUGCAAGGCAGGAAGUGGAGCAAAAGCAAAGAUUACUGGAAGUCAAAGGUGGGGUGUUGCUGUUGGAGGUGGAAGUGCAGAUAUCCUAAUUCAAGCUAUCUAUGCUUUAAUUGCAACGACAAAAUCCAGUCUAUCGGCCCUUUAUGCGCCUAUGAUCAUCACAUUGACUAAUGUCAGCCCGUAUUUCAAGAAUCUGUCAAUCUUAUCCUCCAACAAAUUGAUGGCCUUGUUCAGCAGCUUUGCCAAUCCGACUUUUCUCUUGGCCGACGAAGGAAAUCCCAGGGUUUUGUAUUUCCUUAUCGAAACUUUGAACAAUGUUGUUCAACAUGGCUUUCAGAGAAAUCCAAAUGUGGCAUAUGCCAUUGUGCGCAAUCAUCAAACGAUCGAACGACUGGCCAAUUUCACUUUGAGGCGAGGUAUUGCGGAAGUACGCAGAAGCAGACGAAGAGGCGGCCUGUUGGGUAAUGUGAUUACUUCUCCACGAUCGGAGUUUCCGCCUUCUUCUCCACGUCAAACAGGUGAAUUCACAAGUCCAAGAAGUUCAGCAGAGAAACAGAACGAUACAUCAGGAGAAGAGGGGAGAAAUGAAGCAGAGCAAGCACCCUCUUCUGAAAAAGCAAGAGGUAAAAUGCGUCAGACAUCAACUUCUAUGGAUCAAAAUACUGCCUAUGCAGCUGCAAUGCAAGAAGACGAAGAAGAUGAAUUGGUCAACGGCUUUAACGAUGAAGAGCUUCACUUAGCAGCAAGUAUGCUGGGACGUAAUGGCUUUGUCCCUACACAAGCCUGGGUGAGCAGCUGGCAUAAAGGAUUACCGUUGGAUGUUUUGCAAAUCACGAUUGUUGAACUGGUACCAAAAGUGGAAGAAUUAUGUGGUAGGAUUGGAAGUAAGUCGAAUGCAGAUGAGCGUGUUUUGGCAUUGUUGCGUGAACAAAAUUUGGAUGACGUUUUACCCAAUAAAGCAGUUGGCAAAGCUCAAGACGGAACCGAUCUCACCAAAACUCCACAACCAAGACCUUUCAAAUGGACUUCACAUGUUUCCAUUUGGCUUUUGUCUUAUUUGUGGGGAUUGAUUUAUGUGACAAGUUCGAUGCCAUAUGGGCUUUUCAAUGGAUCGUGUGCUAGAUUGUUCCAAUUGCGUAUCCAGGAUAAAGGACCAGCGGCACGAUUAGGAGCAGCUUCCACUCCAAGUUCACCUUCGGAAGGAGGAAAUCGAAGAAGAUUCGCUGAAAAUGCCACGGGCGAUCAAAGUGGGCUAAGUGGAGUAGGAAAUAUGGUUCUUGGCAAUUUGACUGGAGUGUUUGGCUUGGGACUUGGACAAUCCAAUUCACCGCAAAUUCGGCAGAAUAAUUCCGCACCUGAUCGUGGCGGAACGGUGUGA